AUGGCAGAACAGCAGCAGCGUCUCCAAGCUCUCACAGAGGAAUACCAAAAACUCCAAACAGAUCUUCAAAGCUCCAUUUCUUCCCGCCAAAAGCUGGAAUCCCAACAACAAGAAAACAAGAGCGUUCAAAAAGAAUUCUCCGCCCUCUCCUCCGACUCCAACAUCUACAAGCUCGUCGGCCCGGUCCUCCUUAAGCAAGAUAAAACCGAAGCUGUCAUGGCUGUUGACGGAAGAUUGGAAUUUAUCGAGAAGGAAAUAAAACGAGUCGAACAAGCUAUCAAAGAUGUACAAGAUAAAUGUGACGAUAAUAAAACUCCAAUCCGAGACCCAAGGGGCCCAGCCCCAAGCCGCAGCCUAAAUCCUCACCAGCUAGCAAACAUACAUUAA